GAUCGUCGCUGGCUGUCAGGCGCUUUUCCCUGACAUUUCGCCGCACCUUGGAACUUUUUGUCCAUGUCACCAGCGCAGCCGAGGCCAGGAGACCCAGCAGCGCCCAGCAAACUCCUUUGCUCUUAUUACACGGAUUCGUUUAGCCAGACCCGCAGUUCACCCUGGUGAUGGAUUUUAACCUGCUGACAGACAGUGAGACCCGCAGCCCGGCGCUGUCUCUGUCUGACUCCGGAACACCGCAGCAUGAGUCGGGAUGUAAAGGCCAGGACCAAAGCGACACCGAGAAAUCCCAGCAGAACAAGUUGGAUGAGUCAGGUGUUGAAGACGGCUCUCUGAAGAAGAAGCAGCGGCGGCAACGGACUCACUUCACCAGCCAGCAGCUCCAGGAGCUGGAAGCCACCUUCCAGAGAAACCGCUACCCAGACAUGAGCACAAGAGAAGAGAUCGCUGUGUGGACCAACCUCACUGAGGCUCGGGUCAGGGUAUGGUUUAAAAACCGCCGUGCAAAGUGGAGAAAAAGGGAAAGGAACCAGCAGGCAGAGUUAUGUAAAAAUGGCUUUGGCGCCCAGUUCAAUGGACUCAUGCAGCCGUAUGAUGAAAUGUACACAGGCUACUCCUACAAUAACUGGGCAACCAAAGGGCUCGCAAGCAGCCCGCUGUCUGCCAAAAGCUUCCCAUUCUUUAAUUCAAUGAAUGUAACUCCCCUGUCAACCCAGCCUAUGUUCUCGCCUUCAAGUUCCAUCCCCUCCAUGAACAUGCCCUCUAGCAUGGUGCCCUCGGCUGUAACUGGAGUCCCUGCAGCGGGGCUGAACAACCUGGGGAACAUCAAUAACCUCAACAGCCCGACAGCGCUCAACUCUGUAGCGGUGACUGCAGCCACAUGCCCCUACGCCACCACAGCCAGCCCCUACAUGUACAGAGACACCUGCAAUUCCAGCUUGGCAAGCCUACGGCUUAAAGCAAAGCAGCACACCAACUUCGCCUAUCCAGCGGUGCAGAAUACCGUGUCCAACCUAAGCCCCUGCCAGUAUGCUGUGGAUCGGCCUGUAUGAACUCCACAUAUGACUUUAUAUGGCAGCUGUGAAGCCCACCGCCACUCCGAAUUCUCAUCUCUUCAGGUCCAUCUCUAAACUGCUGGUGGUGCAGCAGAUCAGUUUGUGUCCUGAUGGUUAACCAUCAACCGGGUCACCGUCAACACCAACAAAUGGGACUCCACAGAUUGUUUCCCCUACGAAACGACCACAGUUGCAGAACUGAUCAAGCAUUUUCAAGCUAGUUUUAAAGAGGAGGGUUUGCUUUUCCUUCUUUUGAACUGCAUGAUGAGAGAAAUAACAGAAAUCACGGAGAAGUGAACUGUUGGACUGGUUGUUAGCAUCUUGGGUGAGAAACAUGAAACAGAGCUCUCACAGAAAGUGGGCUUGUGGUUUCAAAGCCAGCUAAAAAUGUUCUUUUUUUUCUGCUUUCGGUGAAUAUAUAUAAUGAGCCCCAAGUUAUUCAUACCCCUGGCAAAAUUAGAUAUAAGUGUUUUAUUCAACCAAGAACCUUACAUCUGUCCAAAUGUAAUAAGAAAAUAUGAAAGGACCAUGAAUAUUAAAAUGUCAUCUGUUUUUGUUUAAAUUAUAUUAAAAAGGCAUUUCCAAAAUUAUUUCUGCUUUUUAAUGACUGAAGAAAAAUAUAUAUAGUUGGCAAUACAGCAGUCUAACUUUCUCCAGUGAUAUCUGACCAGCAGUUUUUCAUGUAUUCAGGUAUUUGGAUAAUUUAUCUGUAGCAAAGAGCUCCAAGUCUUUGAAGCGGGAAAGUCACCAUGCCAUCACCAAAAAUUUUUUUAGCUCUCUCCUCAGAUUCAAGAUGGGAUUUCUGGGUAGAAAACAAAAUAACAGUCUAGUUUUAUGACUAAUAUUAUUUUGAGUCAGAAAAACACGUUGGCUAAAUAUUACUUGGAAUAUUACUUUAACGCUAAAUCUGUCCGGGGUAUGAAUAUGAUGUCGUAUGACAACUACCUAGUAAGGACCAUAGAUAAACAUUCUAUGUGCACAGUGUUUAGAAACUAGAACUGCAAAAUAAAAAAUAAUAAUAAUAAAUGGUUUUACCCUGCAGGUCCUCAUGGGGAACUCUGGAGUUUGAGAAGUCUUGGAAGUGAACACUACUCUGUAAUUUUAAGUAGAAAGUUAUCUAUUUAAAUACACGCUACAUUUAGUACACAAGCAAAAUUUUCAAGCAAAACUCUGAAAAGCCAUUUAGUAUAGAAGUUUGUUCCUGGUCCAUGACAGUAAAAGUGUAUGUAAGAAAGAAAACAUUUAAAAAUACAAGCUUUUAUUCUGGUGUUGCUUGCUUUGUCUCAUCAAAAAGAAGUAAAGGAAAUGUUUCCAUGAACUACAAUUAAACAGAGUGUCCCAUAACAGCUUAAAACUCUAGACAGCUCCAGGUUACUAUGUUCCUUCACCCCUUUGUCUCUCUACAUUGCACUGUUACCAUUUUAUCCUUGUACUUAUCAUUCCUUACCAAUGUACUUACCCUUUGGUAUGUUUUUUGUUGUUCUUUUUUGGGGGGUGGAUGUGCAUCUUAUGAAAUCACAGAAAUAAACAUUGGUUAAAAAAAAAAAAAGAAUCUCUAUGUCCAGGCAAAAAGGUCCUGUAAAGUCCUAUUAAAAUGCAAGUAUUUAUUAUUA